AUGGGCUGUGGCAGCAGUAGAGCACGGCAAAGGCGCAGCGUACAAGACCUCGUGCUCGAGUCUAGACUACUGGCAGGUGCGUCCUUGAGAAGUGUCAACGAUUCUGCGUUUUGGGAAAGAGACACCGAUGCUGUGUCCACGCGGACUGUCAGCGAUUCUGCCUUCUCGCACUCCAUCUCUGCCCAUCCAUCGCCGUCCAAUCUGUCCUGGAGGUCAGGAUCGACCGCUCCAACCAGCGCGGCUUCUUCAUUCUCCUCAUCCGGAACGGGCCCAAGACAAGCCCCCACCACAUCUGCUGCGACGCCACACGUGGCCGGAAGCUCUGCCCUUGCCCCUCCCCCUCCUCCUUCUUCAGGGUCAAAGGCACUUUAUCAGCAACUGACCCUCCCCUCUCCGACCCCUUCCACCCGGCAAGGAACGAGCAUGCAAUCUGUGCCAUCGUCUGGUUCGCUGUCGCGGCUCUCUCCGGCUUCGAAUCCUUCCCAGCAGAAUGGACACCUUGCCCAGCCCUCUCCAUUGAGCACUCCACGCGGCUCAUCUGGCAACCAAUCACGGAGGUCUUCUCACAGGGCUACUAAAUCGACCUGA